AUGCAUGUCGCUAUGACUUAUUUACAUACACCAAUUCUUGAAUCAUUGAUUGAACAAUUAGAAUACGUUUGUACAAGUUCAAAAUGGCAUACACGUCAAGUAGCUAUGGAAUUUAUACAAUAUAUGGUUUUUUGUAAUCUAUUCAAUGCUCGAUUAUAUAAAAAACAAUUACGUGAACUUGUUUUUAAAUGUUUAUUUGAUGAACAAUUUGAAGUUCGUUCUGUUGCAUCCAUUACAUUAUCAGGAUUUUAUCAAUGUGGAUAUAUUCAAGUUAAUGAAGAAGAUUUUGAAUAUUUCAGUCAAAUGAGUAAAAUAAAAUAUUUUAUUAAAAAAGAUGGGAAAAAAAUUAUAAUAACCGAAAAAAUUAUUAAACGACAUGGAGGUGUUCUUGGUCUUUGUGCAAUUGUUCUUUCAAGUCCAUACGAUAUCUCAAAUUAUAUACCAGCUGCAUUAAUGCUUCUAUGUGAACAUUUACAUGAUCCAGAUCUUAUUCAAAAAUCAGUUAAAAAAGCUUUAUCAGAAUUUCGUCGUACUCAUCAUGAUUCAUGGCAUCAACAUCGAGAAAAAUUUACGGACGACCAACUUGUAAUCUUUGAUGAUGUAUUAAUAUCGCCAAAUUACUAUGUAUAA